AUGGCCGCCAAACCCAACCCCCAAGCCAUCCAAACGCGGAUCGCCCACCUCCUCAAACACUGGCCCGUCGAUAACGUGCGCCCGGCCUCCGUCUCCGUCCAGACCUACCUCCAAGCAUCCCUAUCGCAAGCCAACGCCGCCGAGUCACAGCAAAAGCAACCGCAACAAACGCCGCCCGUCAACAUCAGCCAGUCAUCCGCGGACGCGCUCUCAUCGCUGCUGGAGGACCGUUAUGCGAGACGGUACCCGUUGUCUCCGCGCAUGCGGCACCCGGCCAGCAACCCGGACUAUUACGACAAUCUUCUUCGGGAAAUCGACGAGGCGCCGUCGCGGGAUUGGCUGGGGCGGUUGAGGAAGAGGCUUGCGGGUGUCUUCAGGUUUAAAUAGAUACUACUGCGUGCGGGGCUGUUGGGUCUUUGUUUCUGCUUGGGUUGCGUUGCGUUGCGUUGCGUUUCUCCUGUACUGUACGGUGUAAGGGUGGGGAAAAGUGUACAUGCACAUGCUACUACUGUUGUAUCACUAUUGGGCUGCAUGAUGGGAUGGGAUGGAUUUGUCAGGGUUGGUUGUGAGACUCGGAGGCCGCGAGACGAGAGAAAAGAAAAUAAGUGGACAUCCCUGUACUUUUACGACAAUGUAUAUAUACUUAAUACUGCAUGCG